UCUCUACAGCCUCAUAUUGCCGGCUGACGAUUUGAUGGGGAGCGUGCAUUGAGUGACGGCGUGCACAACUGCCAAGGCACGGUACGAUAAGCGACGUAUGUUACCUACGUAAUGUUCUGCAGCAGUGGAAUUCGCUUCAUCCCACGCCUUCAUACCAACACCACCAAAUGAUGAUCUGGCACCUUUCCUUACUCGCACUGGUAGCGAAUCGGGCUAUCGCGGUUGGAGAUACCUCUCAACAAAAUUCAGACAUUUCACCCAAACUGUCAGAGCACGCUUCAGCAGAGCUGCUGUACCUACAUCGCAAACUCGUCGAGACCGCAUCGAUCACUGGCAGCGAAAAGAAUGUGGGCCAAUGGAUUGCUUCUUACUUGCGCGAUAAGAACUUCACCGUAGAAACGCAGGAAGUCUCUGAGAAUCGUCAUAACAUCCUCGCAUACGGCUCGAAACGCUCGACCACGAUCCUCGUCUCUUCUCACAUCGAUACCGUACCUCCUUACUGGCCAUACUACUACAACAAAACAACGGAUGUGAUUGGCGGGCGUGGUUCUGUUGAUGCAAAGGGUAGUGCUGCUGCUCAGAUCGUCGCGGUUCAAGCUCUAAGGGAGCACCUGCGCGAUGAUUUGUCACUGUUAUUCGUCGUAGGCGAAGAGACCGGCGGUGACGGGAUGCGCGCUUUCUCUUCGUGGUCUGAGCGACCGCGGCCCAACUACGAGGUUGUCAUUUUUGGUGAACCUACAGAGGGGAAGCUUGUUUGCGGACAUAAGGGCAUACUGAGCUUCACUUUACGCAUCAAGGGGAAGGCAGCGCAUUCGGGUUAUCCUUGGCUAGGCGUCAGUGCCAACGAUGUCCUCACCGAAGCACUCAGCAAUUUGUUGGAGCUACGCGCCAACGGCCUGCCUUGGUCGGAAAAAUAUGGCAAUACGACGAUGAACUUUGGGAAGAUCGAGGGCGGCGUUGCUGGGAACGUAGUUGCAGAGACAGCUUCAGCAAACAUUGCUGUUCGUCUCGCAGCUGGCACACCGAGCGAUGUUCGUGGGCUCGUAAUAAGCGCGCUCUCGGAUGUGAAGACACGUAUAGAGAAGCAAGGUGGUGGCUUAGAGAUUGAAUGGGCAGGCGAGGGAUAUCCUCCCGUCAACAUUGAUUGCGACAUCAAAAGCUUUGAUACCUUGACCGUCAACUAUGGAACGGACGUACCACUCCUUGCUGGUGACCAUCGGAGAUACCUCUAUGGACCUGGAAGCAUAUUGGUGGCCCAUUCCGACCACGAGGCUUUGGAAAGGAAGGAGCUCGAACAAGCGGUGUUGGACUACAGGCGAUUGAUCCUCGAGGCUUCCAGGAUGGAUCAUCAGUACCAACAGGAAUUGUGAAUAUGCGCACGCUGAAAAUCGUGACAUAGGCCUCUUUGCACGAAACUUGCGUACGUUGGAUUGUGUUCCGGUCAGACUCGGAACGGGCAAUCCCAUCAUAUCCGCACGCAAGCUUAUGGUCCCAUCAACUCGCUAAGAACGUUUAGAGUGGUCGGUAAAUAUUCAGUAUACAUUACAUGCGCCGCAUGUGCUACUAGUGCAAAGGUACAUAACAAGAAUCCUCCAAAAAUCUUCUGGUCACCAAACACAAGCCCUCAUCAGCUUCACCAAGCAUAUC